UCGAUAAUAAUAGCCAAGAAUCAAGUAAAUAAAAGUCAUGGAACAAACGGAUUGCAUCGAUUCGCAUUCCUCAGUCAUCGAAAGUACAUUUCCACGGAUUACAGCUAAAUGGCUUCGCAACCACUGUCGGAAAAACGGCUUAUACCAGACUCCCCAACUGAACGAAGUAUUGUACCUUCAGCAUCAAGGAUUCAAAUUUAUCGAAUUACUGGAGGACUAUGUUGGGUUAAAAUCUCUUUGGUUAGAUCACAAUUGUAUAACAAAGAUUACUGGACUACAUAAUAUGAAAAAUCUGAAGUGUCUUUUUAUCCGGAAUAAUUGUUUGACGGAUUUACGAGGCAUUGAAUGCCUCGAACAGCUAGUCAUCCUGGAUGUUUCAAAUAACUUACUUACGGAAACGAAUGUAUUAGAAGUUUUACCGAAUUUAACAACGCUAUACGUUGGAAGCAACAAGUUAUCGGAUACUUCUGGCAUUGAUUCGCUGGCAAGAUGCACAUCCUUGAGCACACUUGACUUAUCUCGAAAUAUGUUAAAAGAUUCUCAAACUAUGUUGAGACUACUCAUCAGGAUCCGUCAACUCUCUGUUCUGUAUUUACACGGAAACCCCCUUGUGAGGAAUUUCGAAUCCUAUCGUGCUGAGAUAACUACGCAAUGUAAAAAUCUCAAAUUUUUGGAUGAUAAACCAAUACGGGAAAACGACCGCUUCUGUGCAAAAGCCUGGAUGAAAACCGGAAUGCAAGGUAUGAAAGAAGAAAAAAUACGUCAAAAGGACGUUGAAGAUUUGGAAAUGCACGUAUAUGUAAUAGGUAAAUUUAAACAUGAAGAUUACAGCGGAAAAAAACAUUUGAGUUCUUCUAUAUCCUUGGGUCAAAAACAAAUUGAUAUAAGCGAUAUAACUUUUUUAGAUCUUGCUUGAAAGGAAAAC